AUGUACCGCUCCACCAAGGGCGCCUCCAAGGCGCGCCGCGACCAGAUCAACGCCGAGAUCCGCAACCUCAAGGAGCUGCUGCCGCUGGCCGAAGCGGACAAAGUCCGGCUGUCCUACCUGCACAUUAUGAGUCUCGCCUGCAUCUACACUCGCAAGGGCGUCUUCUUCGCUGGAGGCGCUUCUCUGGCGGGUCCCACAGGGCUGCUCUCAGCUCAAGAGCUUGAAGACAUCGUGGCGGCACUACCUGGCUUCCUGCUUGUGUUCACAGCUGAGGGGAAGUUGCUAUACCUGUCCGAGAGUGUGAGCGAGCAUCUGGGCCACUCCAUGGUGGACCUGGUUGCCCAGGGUGACAGUAUCUACGAUAUCAUUGACCCAGCUGACCACCUCACUGUGCGCCAGCAACUCACACUGCCCUCUGCCCUGGACACUGAUCGCCUCUUCCGCUGUCGUUUCAACACCUCCAAGUCUCUCAGGCGCCAGAGUGCAGGCAACAAACUGGUGCUUAUUCGAGGCCGAUUCCACGCUCACCCACCUGGGGCCUACUGGGCAGGAAACCCUGUGUUCACAGCUUUCUGUGCCCCACUGGAGCCAAGACCCCGCCCUGGCCCUGGGCCUGGCCCUGGCCCUGGCCCUGCCUCACUCUUCCUGGCCAUGUUCCAGAGCCGUCAUGCUAAGGACCUGGCCCUACUGGACAUCUCUGAGAGUGUCCUAAUCUACCUGGGAUUUGAGCGCAAUGAACUGCUCUGUAAAUCAUGGUAUGGACUGCUGCACCCCGAGGACCUGGCCCACGCUUCUGCUCAACACUACCGCCUGUUGGCUGAGAGUGGAGAUAUUCAGGCAGAGAUGGUGGUGAGACUGCAGGCCAAGCCUGGAGGCUGGGCAUGGAUUUACUGCCUGUUAUACUCAGAAGGUCUGGAGGGCCCCAUUACUGCCAAUAACUACCCAAUCAGUGACACGGAAGCCUGGAGCCUCCGCCAGCAGCUGAACUCCGAAGACACUCAGGCAGCUUAUGUCCUGGGCACCCCAACCAUGCUGCCCUCAUUCCCUGAGAACAUCCUCUCCCAGGAGCAGUGCUCCAGUGCUAACCCACUCUUCACCCCAGCCCUGGGGGCUCCCAGAAGCACCAAUUUCCUCAGCGCUCCUGAACUCAGUGUUGUCUCAGCAUCAGAAGAGCUUCCCCGACCCUCCAAAGAGCUGGACUUCAGUUACCUGACAUUCCCUCCUGGGCCUGAACCUUCUCUCCAAGCAGACUUGAGCAAGGAUCUUGUGUGCACUCCCCCCUACACGCCUCGCCAGCCAGGAGGCUGUGCCUUCCUCUUCAGCCUCCAUGAGCCCUUCCAGACCCACUUCCCUGCCCCAUCCAACUCUCUCCAAGAACAGCUGACUCCAAGCACUGCAACUUUCUCUGAUCAGUUGACACCCAGCAGUGCAACCUUCCCGGAUCCACUAACUAGCCCACUACAAGGUCAGUUGACAGAAACUUCAGCCAGAAGCUAUGAAGACCAAUUGACUCCCUGCACCUCCACCUUCCCAGAUCAGCUGCUUCCCAGCACUGCCACCUUCCCAGAGCCUCUGGGCAGCCCUGCCCAUGAGCAGCUGACUCCUCCCAGCACAGCAUUCCAAGCACACCUGAGCAGUCCCAGCCAAACUUUCCCAGAGCAACUGAGCCCCAGCCCCACCAAGACUUACUUCGCCCAGGAGGGAUGCAGUUUUCUCUAUGAGAAGUUGCCUCCAAGUCCUAGCAGCCCUGGUAAUGGGGACUGCACGCUCCUGGCCCUAGCCCAGCUCCGGGGCCCCCUCUCUGUGAAUGUCCCCCUGGUGCCUGAAGGCCUGCUCACACCUGAGGCCUCUCCAGUCAAGCAGAGUUUCUUCCACUACUCUGAGAAGGAACAGAAUGAGAUAGACCGUCUCAUCCAGCAGAUUAGCCAGUUGGCUCAGGGCAUGGACAGGCCCUUCUCAGCUGAUGCUGGCACUGGCGGGCUGGAGCCACUUGGAGGGCUGGAGCCUCUGGACUCCAACCUAUCCCUGCCGGGGGCUGGCCCCCCUGUGCUCAGCCUGGACCUGAAACCUUGGAAAUGCCAGGAACUGGACUUCCUGGCUGACCCUGACAACAUAUUCCUGGAAGAGACGCCCGUGGAAGAUAUCUUCAUGGAUCUCUCUACCUCAGACCCCAAUGGGGAAUGGGGUUCAGAGGAUCCUGAGACCGAUGGCCCAGGAGGGGCCCCAUCACCUUGCAACAACCUGUCCCCAGAAGACCACAGCUUCCUGGAGGACCUGGCCACAUAUGAAACCGCCUUUGAGACAGGUGUCUCAGCAUUCCCCUACGAUGGGUUUACUGAUGAGUUGCAUCAACUCCAGAGCCGAGUUCAAGACAGCUUCCAUGAAGAUGGAAGUGGAGGGGAACCAACGUUUUGA